CACAUGUAAUGAAAGGAAGACAAACAGAUUCUGUCUGCUGAGCAGGCACGAUCCCUGAGUUUGGAACUCAUCACUUGACUGCAUUAUAUAUAUGAAAUUACAACAGGAAGGCUUUGUUGCUGCUGCAUAGACCAUCAUAUUGUCACAACUGAACCAUUUGUGAACUUUAAGUAAGUGUGAUUCUGAGAGCAGGAAAGAGAAGAAACAUGAAGAACUUCUGCUGAUUAACGAAGGAAAUGUGAAUUACUUCUGAGGAUCUGGAGUCAAACUGCCACAAAAGCAAGAAAUAAAGAGAAAUAGAUAAGUGGAGAUAUUUUGAACACUUUGGACAUCAGUAUUAUAGCUGCACACCCAGAAAGCCUACGAUGAUCUGCCACCGAGAAGUUUAUCAUCAUCAUUAAGAAAUAUUCAUGGUUUGGGUGCAGCUGGACUGUGCUAUGUUUCUCCCUGUGGUGGUUUUGCUGGGUGUCCUGUUGCUCUCUGGACCAGAGUCAACUCUCCAAGAAGACACUCGGGAAAUUGACAACAGUAAUGACAUCCUGGAGCGAGAGUUUAUCAACGUGCUAAAACGUCAAAAACGGGCCACUGCUGACUACAGUGACCCCCAAGCAGACAAAUGUUCUUACACUUUCAUUGUCCCUCAGCAGAAAAACAAUGGGGCAAUAUGUGUGAACUCCAAGGAGCCAGAGGCCUUGCUGCAAAAUCGGGUCAAUAAGCAGGAACUGGAGCUGCUUAAUAGUGAGUUGCAGAAGCAGCGAAAGCAGAUUGAGGCACUGCAACUGCUGGUAGAGCUUGAUGGGGGUGUGAUCAAUGAAGUCAAGCUACUGCGCAAAGAGAGCCGCAACAUGAACUCCAGAGUUACACAACUCUACAUGCAGCUGCUGCAUGAGAUUAUCCGCAAACGAGACAAUGCUUUGGAGGUGUCGCAGCUGGAGACUCGUGUGCUCAACCACACAAACGAGAUGGGGAGAUUAGCUGCACGGUACAGAGACCUGGAACAUAAGUACCAGCAUCUGUCAGCCCUUGCAGGCAAUCAGAGUGCUCUCCUGGAGCAGCUGGAAGAGCAGUGUAAGCAGGGAGGAUACUCAUACAGUGGGGCUCAAGAGCGCAGGCGUCGUCUCCAGCCACAACCUCCUGCAAUCCCCCAGCCUCCUUUACAGAUGCCUGCACUGUCUCCUGGUGGCUACAGACCCUUCCAUCCACCCACUUACACACGCUACACCAACAACCCCAUGAUUAAUGACAUCCAAAGUGAUCAGAAUACCAAAGCAUUACCACCUCCACUGCCCACAAUGCCAAGUGCAACAUACAGUUUCACAAACGAGCCCUCUGGGCCUUUCAGAGAUUGUCUGGAGGCUUUGGAGAGUGGAUACACUACUAGUGGGAUGUAUCUCCUAAAACCAGAGAAAAGCAACCAACUCAUGCAGGUCUGGUGUGACCAAAAACAAGACCCUGGUGGCUGGACUGUCAUUAUGAGACGUCAGGAUGGCUCAGUCAACUUUUUUAGGAACUGGGACACAUAUAAGCAAGGUUUUGGAAACAUUGAUGCUGAGUACUGGUUGGGCCUAAAUAACAUCUACUGGCUGACAAACCAGGGCACCUACAAGCUUUUAGUGACCCUAGAAGACUGGACUGGAAGGAAGACCUUCGCCGUAUAUGCUAGCUUUCGAGUAGAGUCGGAAGCUGAUUUCUAUCGGCUACGGCUAGGCCAAUACCAUGGCAACGCUGGAGACUCUCUGACCUGGCACAAUGGAAAGCAGUUUACCACGCUGGAUAGGGACCAUGAUGUCUAUGUAGGAAAUUGCGCCCACUACCAUAAGGGAGGAUGGUGGUAUAAUGCCUGUGCUCAUUCCAAUCUGAACGGAGUGUGGUACAGAGGUGGGCAUUACCGCAGCCGCUAUCAGGAUGGAGUCUACUGGGCUGAGUUCAGAGGAGGAGCCUAUUCUCUGAAAAAAGUGACCAUGAUGAUACGACCAAAUGGAAAUACCUUCCAUUAACUGCUCAGUCUGUCAAAACUUAAACUUAACAAGACAUUACCUCCAACGGGAUUCUGUAUUAUAAGAUCGGGCAUCAUCAGCUGAACUUCAAUGUUUGUUUGGUUUUUUUUUUGGUUGGUUUACGUUCAAAAUGUACAACUCAAACUGCAAAGACCCAUGUAGUGACUAUAGGAUAAUUUGUCCUACAUGUAAUGGUUUUAUUUAUAUUUUUGAGCUCAUAACGCUACACUGCACACAAAUCAAAAGCAUACAACUUUACAUGUAGUGAAUGUAACAUGAUGUCUAUAUCCCUUUUUCUAUGCAGGCUGUUACUCUUGUCGUGUUUGUUUACAUGGAACAAAAUCCACAGUUAUUAUACUUUAAAGCAAAAGAACAAAGGAAUUAAUAUUCAGAGAUCAAAACUGAUUGCUGGCAAAUAAACUUGUUCUUCUCAUUUUUAAUGACAUUUGUAACAUAAUGUUAAGUAUGCAAAAUAUAUACUGGGAUCAACUCUACAGGAAAGAAUACUGGCUAUUUUUUUCUCCAAACCAAUUUCUGGCCUUUUCCCUCUUGAAUUAUUCUAAUAUUUGGAUUUGUUACCUGUUAUUAAAUCUUCGGACAGUUCAACACACCAAACAAAACCAACAGCUCUGGACUUUGGACUAUUGCAAUGUUGCUGAAAACAAUAUGCAUGUGUAUAAUUCUUGCACAUGUGAUCUAGAUGUAUGGGCUUUCAAAAUUGUUUUCUAUUGCACUGCAUCCACCUCAUGUAAGUGUCAAAUCUUCAUUAGGAGGCAAAUGCGGGACAUCCAACCGAAGAGUAUAGUAUUCCUGGACUGUGUCAUACCAUUAUGUUUUACACAUUAUUUUUUCACCUUACUUUCAUGUUCACUUGCUGUUUUGUUGCCUAAAACUAAUACAAGACUGACUGAAUGAAAUUAAACCAAACUACUUGAAAAUGCAUUUCAGGUUCCAAUGAACAGAUAGAAGAAGAGAAUUCCAAGCACUUUAUCCAUUAACCAAGCACUGUUCAAAUUUUGAAAACACACCACAAAUUCAUGAUUGUCAAGGAUUUAUAGCACUCAUACAAACCCUGCACAAAAAAAAUUGCAAAACUUGACUAAUGACA